AUGUCCGACGAUGACUCUCUAGUAGAUCUGAUUGACAGAGAGGCUGUUUUCAAUGCGUUGAACCAGGCGUUUGACAAAAUUGAUCGAAGCUUCGCUACGAAGCUGCAAACUAGAGACAAGAAACAGCAUGUCUUUCUAGACCGGGAGAAUAAGAGAUUAGAGGCGCAAGUGCUAGCCUUGCAGCAAGAGACCUCGGCUUUGAGGAAGAAAAUCCAAGAACUUUCAGCAGCCCAUCAGGCAACUGAUCAGAAUCAUGAGGCUGCUGUCAAACAUCGCCAGGCUGAGCUCGCAGGAAAGCGUUCUUACGGCUUAAGUGAAGAUGGUGAUGCCUACAGAACACCAACCGCCCAACAGUUACCUACCAGAUAUGCUCGGCAUUCGUCGCUCGAUCCAAGACCCGAUGCAGCCACGGAUUACGAACGCCUGAAAGAACGUUACACGCUUUUGAGAGCAGCUAACAAACUGCUCAAAAAAGAAGUAAGGGAAUCGCAGGACAAGGAGGAGAAGUGGUGGCACUAUGCCGAGGUUCUCGAAAAAGAACUUGGGAUACAUGGGAUCAACGAGCAGACCGCGCGACGGUUCGAGAUCGCAACAGAGGCUAUGAAAAAGUCUCGGGCGGAAAGGCGGACUCGGAAAGCUGCUGCUAUAUUGAAUCAAUCCACCGGUAUACCAGCAGAGAUACGCUCUGAGCGUACCGCUGCCGGACCCAGCGCAAAUUCCAGCUUCAACUUAAAUACGGAUCUCAUCGUCCCACAUGAGCCUAGUGGUGAUAAUGUGCCCUCAAGGUCAUUUCAAGUUGGCGCUGCUCAGCCAUUGAUGACAAGGCAACCUUCUCCAAGAUCUGAAGCGCCAACAGAGGAAGGAUCAGACCAAGACGAGGAGCUUAGCCUACCACCACAUUCAAGUGACCAAACUCCUAAGGCACACAACACCACAAAUAUUAAACAAGAGCCUUCGUCGGACCCUCCCGUCUUCCUUUCGGCGCGGCCAGUGAAGAAGCGAAAACUUGCUGGGGACGACCCGAACAGAAUGAGUACGCCCUCGCGCCGCGCAGUCAAGGAUGAGGUCGACCAAGACGAUCCUGCCACGUAUCUCAGGAAAGUGGCCGCGUUACGAAAGUCUCCUCAGGAAAGCUUUGACCUUGAUGAUAGAAUCACGGAGAUGCCAACCCCCAAAAAAUCCAGGUUUUACACCACAGCCGAUGACAACAAUGUCGCCAACAGACCAGCUUCCACUAUGGUUGAAGCAGAUCAAAACGAAGCUCCUUGCUACCCGGUUUCUGGCCAUACGCCAAAGCAACCAGUUAUUCAUGAUGAGAGGCCGUCCUCUGACGAUGCUGAGAAGGGACGUGAUAGCUCACCUUUUGGAUAUCAGCCGCUUGGUGCGCUCCUCAACACACCAGCAGAAGAGAGAGCCAAAACGAAUACAUUCGUCCUGAAACCUGCUGCUCGCCGAGAAUUGGAGGAUCGAGAUAGUCGCAGACCUGCCAAGGAAAUGAGCCGGGGCAGUAAACGGAAAGCAGAUGGCGAUACUGAGAACUACCAAUCACCAAAGCCCGCGCCAAGCCUCCUCGCACCGUCGGCUCAAACACCUAAGCAGCGUUUGUCACCGGGCGUCGUGACUCCUGGGAAGUUGAAAGCCGAAGCAGUUGCCUUGGCUCCUGCUUCUCACACUACAGCUCGGAAGCCAUUGGCAGAUCGCUCCACCAAUAUUCAGCCCCGAGGCCGAGGUGCUCCUCUUCGCUCUUUACCUGUCGAUUCGCUGCUACUUACCGACUUCAGGAUCAAUCCAGCCACGAACGACAACAAAGACUUUGCAUUCGAUGAAGUUGUUCGGCAUAAGGAUGACCGAGCCAAGAUGACCGGCUGUACAGACCCUCGAUGUCCCAGGGCAAAAGACAUGCACGCCAUGGUAUUGGCCGAGGUUGCCCACCUGACGAAGGAGCAUGGAGAGAGGUUUUAUGAAACUCCAGAGGGGGUUGCUCUGGUUGAGAAAUAUCUGGGGGAUGACGCUGGCCGCAUACCAAAGAUGGACGUUUCUCAACGCAGGACACUCUGGACGCGGGCCCGACUCCAGCAACAGGCCAAUAUUUACGGCAGAUGUAGGCACCGCUUUGAUCGUGCCAACACUCCCGAACAGUACUGGGAUACGGGGUUUCCCAACACACAAGAUCAGGAGAGAGACAGAGAGGAGGGGCGUAUGAUGGACAGGUGGAUGGUGGAGGUGAGACGCCGUGAAGCCAUGAAGAAGGGGGGCAGGUGGUUGUUCAAGGAUGAGUAUCCAUCCGAAACCGGUAAAAGGCGUCGUGUGUAA